GGAUUUGUUUUUCCUGGCCUGAAUCCCACCGGUUUGUGCACAGGUGCUCCCAGGCUGCCUGACGCUCAUCACCGCGUCCAAUUAACGCCGCGGCUCAUCCCUCCGAAGAAAGUUCAGGAGGAGUGGCUCCGAUGAGACAACUCCUGUCUGCAGUUAACGCGUGGAUACCCCUUUAAAAGGCUCACCAUGUUGCCAUCACAUGCUUCAGCACAAAAGUCGGACGAGGAUGUGGUUCCUGUCGUCGUUAUGUAAAGCAUAUUUGUUACUUAGAUUUGCACAAGGAGCGCGGUGAGACUUUUGCGGAGGAUCCUUGACUUCGCGUGGCAGGCGGAGGAGGAGGUGUCGCUGGCGGUGGGGGCCCUGCCCACCCAGUCUGUCAGCCCUGCAGUCAGUCAGUCAGUCAGUCAUGUUGUUGUUCGACUGGUGCGCAAACUGAAAGCUGCGUACUGGGUUAAUACCAAGUGACGGAUAUAAGCGACGUGCGGACUACUGGCGACUCGGGGUUUGCAGCCGAUCGGAUGGGAUAGAGAGAGAAAGACAGAGAGAGCGCGAGAGAAAUAGGGGAAAGGAGGAGUGCUGCCUCUUCUUGCGAGAGAGGAGAGUUGUUUGCUCCGUCUCUUUUCUCCUCCUCUGGACGAUUUCCCAAAAAAUAAAGGGGUUCCCCUCGAGUGGAGCGGCGCAACAUCGGCGACGAAUUCGCGCUUUAUUUCCCUUCACUUGAGCCGCAUCGCUUAACCAGUCGGAUGAUUCUGACUUGUCUUACCUAGUCGUUUUGGGGGGCGAAAAAAAAAAUAAUAAGGUGCCCCGACUGUCUCCUCGCACCAGCGAAAAUCAGGCGAGGACGAAGUGCCUUGCCUUUCCUGCCACACAGACCUGCGUUACGGCCCUGUGGAGAAGCAUGUGAUGACUCACGCAAGGCAGAAAGGUUCCCUGAGGCAGAGCCACAGCAGUUCCGAGUGGCUGGGCGACAGCCGUCUUUGGCCACAUGGUGGCGCCAUGGGCGGUGCCUGGACUGAGCGCACGUUACGUUUCGGCAGGACCAAGAAGAUAAAUGAGAUCGUCAAACAAGGGAAAGACGUCUCCAAGAAGAUGAACGGCAAGAAAGGGAAAGCGGAAAGACUGGAUCAGAAGAGGAAACUGGACAGAAGGCGUGACAAGAAGCGGGACAGAAAGCUGUAUCCUUUGCGGGGGAGGGCCGGGAGUUCAGAUGGCGACGGGCUCAGCUGUCACGUCCUCCUUACCCGACUGGAGGAAAGCAUUCGAGAAAAGGAGAGUUCUAAGGAAAGGGAACGAAAAGACGGCCGCAAGCAGUUACUGCUCAAAUCCAAAUCCAAAAAAGGGAGAAACGGUGAAAGAAAGGAGGAAAAGAAGUCAUUACCAAAAACCAAAUUAAAAUCAAGCUGCUCAAGUUAUGGCGAGUGUAUUGGUUUGGGAGUCCUGCAGCCACGCAAGCGUAGGCUGGCCUCUCUCAAUGCCGAGGCAGUAAACAGUCUCCUACUUGUGAGAGCCACUGAUCCCCAGCCUGCAGCCAAACAGGCUAAGAGGCAGGAGGAACCCGCGAACGAAGGGGCGUCUCUGGAUGCGGUUCCAUCCAGAAGUGUCGUCCUCGGAGGUCCAAAGACUUCGCGAGGUAGCGUCAGUAAAGUCUCCGCGCCUCACGAACUUGAACUGUGCCAAAGCUCUAAGGCGGUCAAGAAGGCCAAAGUUAACAGAGGUGACGAGAGUGUGGGGAUGAGUCUGGAAUGUCUGCAUGCCCCCACGCCCAGACGACUGGCUGGACUCAAUGCCGCAGCCCUGCUGAAGCUAACCAGUACCUCUGCCACCAGUAAACAGAGAGUGAAGGCUACACCCACGGCCACUAUCACAUCAGACUCUAAGGCUCCUGCUGCGGUUUCAACCCCAAAGCUGCACACCAGGGUCAAAAUCCACCACAAGGGACGCGCGGAGAAGCAGAAGGGGAAAAAGGUCCCUCCCGUGCACAGCGGCUGUGCAGCCUGCAAGAAGAAGGCGGACUUUGAGCCCAAGGUUGAGUGGGAGACGGGCAGCUGCACCCAUCGACUGACCAAGCCAGGCUACCAGUCGCGCAGCAUGCUAGCGUACCCGCUGAAACAAGUGAAGGAAGAGCAGCUGGAGACCGAACUGAGCCCAUACUACUGCUGUCCUCCAGAGGGGUCAGUGGAAUACUGCCACCGGCUGGCCUUCUUCCUAGGCCAGCAGCCCUACGGAGAAUCGGAUGAUCAGUCUCUGAACUCAGCUAUGACCCCCGUUAAGCGCGAGUGCCUAGUAACCUCACCGUCCCUGACGCACUCCCACCCGCACACGGCCCUCACCCUCAGCCCUCACCCCUGCCUCUGCACUGCAGAACACUGCUUCUCCAGCUACUACGUCCACAUCGCUCACCCAACACACACUGGAACAACUUCAGCUACCCUGGCCUCGCGACCUCUGAACUUUUCCUCCUCUGGUUUGUGCCCUAGUCGUAUGACUGGUUCCAAGCUGCUGGGCCAGCAGGUGUCCCACCCUUCUGGGAUAGGCCACCCCGCCUUCUGCAACUCCGUGACUUCGCCCUGUUAUGGUGAAACCUGUGGGAUUGGUGGCUACACCUACAGGGCCAUGCCUCCCGUCACUAACAGGGGUUGUUCUUUCAGCACAGGAUGCACUGGAUGCACCCACAGCAUCAAAACAGAGGGUUACUCCUCACCUCAGGGUGAUCACAGCCCCUCCCUUCUGGUUCCCCCCACCCUGCCCAUCUCCAGCUGCCCUCUGUCCAGCGUGCCCACCUCCACCCAGACCAAACCCCACCUGCUGACCCCGCUGUCUGGGCGAGACCAGCCCCAGCCCAGGUUAAAGCUAGCCAAGGAGUGCCCGCAGAGCGCCAAGGCCUCCAACGGCUCCCUGUCCACGGGCCGCGCUCGGCUGGUGACGAAGCAGCCACCUCCCAUGCCGGGCCUCAGCACCACCAAACAAAAGAGAGUGAGCCGGAGACGUGCCACCAAUGGCUGGCGGCCCGUUGGCUUGCCCACAGAGCGGGAGGUCUUCAUCGCGGGAGAGGAUGAGACUGCCCUGCGGCAGUGUUACGAAGGAGUCGAGAGAGACGGUGAAGUGAUAUGUGUCAGAGACACGGUGCUGCUACGAUCAGGCCCCAGGAAGAAAUCGCUCCCAUAUGUUGCCAAGAUAUCAGCGCUGUGGGAGGAUCCCAAAACAGGAGAGCUAAUGAUGAGUCUCUUCUGGUACUACCGACCUGAGCACACGCAGGGAGGACGGGAUCCCAGCACACACUGUGAGAAUGAGAUUUUCGCUUCUCGGCAUCAGGAUGAGAAUAGUGUGGCCUGCAUUGAAGACAGAUGCUAUGUUCUCCCUCUAGCCCAGUACUGUAGAUUUUGUGCCUUGGUGAAGAGGCGUGCUGAAGGCACUCCACCUGGCAGUGCCAGCAUGGUGCCCUGCCGCCCCGACUUCGCCCCCCCUUCCCACCGCUGUGUGCCCACAGACGUCGACCCCGAGUUGGUGUAUCUCUGCCGGCACGUCUACGAUUUCCGUUACGGACGCAUCUUGAAGAACCUGCAGUAGGGGGCUGAGGGGCCGUCGCACCCACGAAUUAAUCGUCGCGUGGCCUCCCCCUCCUGCACGGAAAAGGAGGGUAGGCUUGAAGGACUGAACACCCCUGUCUUUUCUGCUGAGCACCUCACGGUCCGAGGGAAGGAGGGCGACGGGACAGGGCUGAGGCAAAAUACAGUGGCACAUUUUAAAGCACAGAUCCCUUUAGUCGACCACAGAAGGGUUAGAAUGUCAUCGUUAAAUCCAUCUCGGUUAGAGCACCAAUAUUUCCUGGCUGAUUUUUCAGAUUCUGCCAAACGUUUCGCGGAAGCUCGCGUUCCCCCCCUUCCCCGCCCCCUCGCCAUCACUCCACCUCGAUCCUUUCCCUGCAGGAGUUCUGAACACCAGGCUAAUCUGGGCUACUCCUCAGGACCGUGUUUUCCCCGAAGUAUCGUGGCACAACAAUCAUGUUUGUACCAUUUGAAAGCCGAUGGCUCAGGGAUGGUCCGGCGCUAAGGUCCUUCCGGGAUACACAAGCCUGCACCGUCAGCUCAGUGUUAACGGUGUUCAACUAGCCAGGGCGAAGGGGCAGCUAAUGGAGAGUGUCGUCUCAUUUCUCUUGAUUUGUCUCCGUGAGAGAACGGAGGGUUUGGCGGUGAGGGCAGACGGGCAGACAUGGGCGUGCGCGGUGGUUUUUUUAGGAGGCUUUCAGGCAAUCAAACUAAACAAGCAGCUGUGGAGCAAGUGGAGCUCUCUCUAUUACUGUGUCCCUUCUCCUGAAAUUGAUAGAAACGUUUUCAUCUGGAGUGAUGCUCAAACUAAAAACACUGUACCUGAAGAGAGUUUGUGAGGCCAAGCUUUCUUUCCGAACUUGACUCAAGAUCAGGCCUUCUUCAGCUUCAUGUUAAAACGGCUUGUAAAUUAUUUAAUCAGAUACACAACAACAACAACAACCACCAUCUUCUUAGCCACAUUUGUCUGUCUUGAAGACGCCUUGUUCCAGAAAGGCUCUGCUAAGGCGUUGUGGUUGUUUUUGUCGUAGAACGAUCACCUUUACUGCUCUCUGUGACUUGCCUUAUGACUCGCAGGGAGAGCUUCAGGCAGCUAUUCUCACCACACACAAAUAGGAAGUGGUAGAACGGGUGUACCUGUUGUCCCGAUAGAGGUUUCAUUUGGCAUUGGACUAACUGAACGCGUUCAGAUGGUGGGGACGUGCUGGUUUCAUGCUGCGAAUAAUGCCCCGACGAUAAAAUGGCCAAAUAAAUGGUGGCAAAUUUGGAUCAACCAAUUGUUGCAGCUCGACGCCGGCCACAAAUACAGAGCGGUUUUCAUGACGUCGACCUAGCUGCUCAUCUGGGAAAUGUCUUUUCUACCCAGUCCAAUUCUACCCCCUCCCUCCCUCCCUCCCUCCCUCUCUCUCUCUCUCGCCAUGAUAAACCAAAGGAUGUCACACAAGCCAGAAUUCCCUUCUCCUCCCUCGCACUUCUCCUCCUCGUCAGCACUUCUGUCCUUCUUCCCUCUUUGUAUUGCACUAAUCCAUUCCUUAAUUACAUCAAACGUGUUUUCGCUUGGUUCAGUUCCGGCUACUAAUAUCUUACCGAGGCGGGGGCUCACUGUAUAUCCCUUGCUCGUGUGUGUGUGUGUGUGUGUGUGUGUGUGUGUGUGUUGUACCUUUAGACAGAAACAGUGAGGGCGUCAUGGCUGCUUUUGUCCGUGCGAACCGUGUCUUUCUGUUAUUUCAGCGGUAGAGGAGUCGGCCAGCGUGUUCGUCGGCAUGAUGAAUCUCAUGGAAUAUAUACAGUAUAUAUAUAUGUAUUACUAGAGUCAUUCCCUUUGAGUUCUUGAUCAGCUCUUAUAUAAAUAUACAGUAUAUAUAUAUAUAUGUAUGUAUCCACACUGUUAAUGUGAUUAGAGCUCUAAAAGGCACCUGGAUGGAAGCCUGACUUGCUGUGCGGACGAACGUAGCACCAUGCUAGAUGUGUAUUUGAGCUGAAGGGGGUUUGGGUUUGGGUGGGUGGGGUGUGGGUGGGGGGGUUCGACUGAUACUUUAAACUGAGUUGUGGUGGAUUUGAAGCCGCUCUCUUUCAUUGCCUUUUAACCUGCAAGUGUUUUACUGUCACUCAGAGAACGAGUUGUGUUGGAGUGCGUGUGUGUGCGUGCGCGUGUGUGUGUACCUUUUAAAAAACAGAAAGAGUACCCGAUCGCUUUCCUACACAAAACGCAAAGACACCCUUUCCUUCAACAUUGGAUGAGCCUUCAAAACAUGCAGAAGCCAUCUUGUUCCUCUAUUUGAGCAGCAUGAAUUCUAAACCCGAAACAAAAUAAGAUCCCCAACAUUUAUUUCUAUGAAUCCCCAGGUUCUUCAAAGAGGAUAUAUAUAUAUAUAUAUAUGUGUGUGUGUGUAUAUACAUGUGUAUAUAUAUGUAUAUAUUCUCAUACUUUAAAAUCUCUCCUUAUUAAGAAUAUUUUAUUACGUCGAUUUUCCUAAGAUGGCAUAUGCAAUAUAUUUUUAGACUUAACUAUUUUUGGAAAAGGAACAGAUCAAGAAAAGAAUAUGUGUUAUUUUUCAUUUAUUUAAGGUUAGUUAAAUCAUUGCAGCGCUAAUUGAGAUUUGACCAAAUGAGAAUAAGCGGAAGGACCCAACACCAUCACGUGACCCAAGGUUGUAGAAUAAAUAGCCAGUGAGCUUCUCCCUUCCGGGCAAUUUCUAAUGAAGUGUACAUAUCUGAAUCCAGGAAGCACCGGGCACUCUUUAAACAAGCAGACAGCCAAUGCACAGUGUAGUAUUUUUGCAAGAUCUGUAGUAAUUAUAUUUAAAGUAAGAAAGAAAAUAUUUAAAUGGAGUAAACGAUAAAAUAUAUUAAGAUUUCAGUUUAACUUAUUUGGAAAUACUGUUGUCUAAUUGAUGAACUAUAUCCUGUUUCUUUGUGCUCCAGGAUAGAAAUGAUUUCUGUUCAGUUGUAACUUUGAAGAGUUUGGAGAAUAAAUGAGUGAGUGACGGUUGUUGACAGAGAUGUAAAUGUUGUUUGGUUUGUUUUGUUGUCAUGGGGUGGAGACCAGACAGAAGCACACACCCAGGCAGACGGGAGAGCGGAAGUGGACACGAUACACACACUCACACAAGUCUUGAGAAACGACUUCUAGCUCUCCUGCUCAACCUGGCCGACCUUAAGCGUGCCGUUUGGGAGAAUGCGACUUGGUCACCUGAGCUUUUAUUGAUCUGCCCUGUUAGGGAAGAGACAGACAGUUUAUCUGAGACGGGACAAGAGGGACAGGACGUCCCCCUGGUGUCAGGCAGAAGGUCCCUUCAGAUGCCGACCAGUUUGCAAUGUUUAAAUUCAUUUAGAGAGGUCUGUCAUGAAUUAGGGACUGUAUGAAAAUUUUCAUGGAGGAGAAGUAUGUGAAUGUGUCAAUGUUAUGUAAUUGUUAAUUAUCAUAAAUUCUAUAUUUUAGCUUUUAAAAUUUUGAUUUAGUUUGGUUUAUAAACACCAACAAAGUUGCUAUCAAAUCCCGGUUGACCUGAUGUAGGCUUUACCUUUAAAAAUCAAAGUGCGGGUGCAUUCUUGCUGUUAUUUUAUGGUAUAUUGAUGGGAAGCAACUGUAGCUUUCUGCGUUUUUAAUUAAAUUCAAUUAACCAAAAAAUAAAAUGUAAGAUUGCACCUCCACUCACAUUAAUAGUUUUGAUACAGUCCCUCAUCCAAACUAUAUAGUUUUCCAUUGAGGUGGAAUUUAGGGAUUGAAGAUAUUUACUGAGUUAAUCAAAUUAAGGAUUUGCUCAACAGCUUCUCCCUCCAUCCGAAUCAGCAGGCCACCGUUGCCUUUCUCCCAGAUGAGCACUGACCUUUUUGUCCCCUAGAGGGCAGGAAACACUCUCAUGGCCUCGUCCCAGAUCUGCUAAACAGCUUUCCCUCUUCACCUGCAUCCUUUUGCUACUGAGAAAGAUGCAGGAACUUCCUGGAGGAGGCGAUGAAGAAAGCUGAGCGAGGAGGCUGCCAUGUGUUAUUCUCCCGAGUGCCGGCCCAGCCUCGCAGAGAGCAUGGGCACGAAAGCGUUGUUGAAAUGUUCCAGUUCCAUUACUCAAUUUCCUAGCAGCUUUGCAUGGACGCAGUUGCAUCCUUUGUUGCCAUGACAACAAGGCCGGGCCAGCACUCGGGAGAGUGGAAGUUUCUGCGUACUCAUGGUGAUCCCACCGUGGCAGUGGUCCAAACACUGAGUAACAUUUACUGAUGCCACGCAAAGUGUUCACUCCAUGAGUCAAAACAAAAGCACUUGACCAACCCAUGAGAUUCUGCUUUCUGUGUGGUCUGUACUGAUGCUUAAUUGUUUGCAUAUAUUUUGAUAUAUUUAGGAGAAAAAAAAAGUCUAGAUAUUUUUGGAGUAGAGAAGAAACGUGUGUAUCGGAUUAUUGUCACUUUUGUCAUGCACUCUGAAAAUCUCUCUGAUUUUUUGGAAGAAUUCUAUAACAUCCCAACUGAUUUAAUGUUCCAUUGAGAGAAUAUUUAUAAAUUUUAAGUCCUUUGUGAAAA